GCGUCUUUCUAUUUCCGGUUGAGAGUUCGCUGGGGUCCUGACGGCGCGGAUUAGAAAGAAGUCUUCGCAGCUGAAACAACAACGUGUAUUCCGUUCCUUCAAUCCACCGAGAGUUUGAAACAUGUCCGGCAGAGAAGGAGGCAAAAAGAAACCGCUGAAGGCGCCAAAGAAACAGUCCAAGGAAAUGGAUGACGACGACGUCGCCUUUAAGCAGAAGCAAAAGGACGACCAGAAGGCCAUGGAGGCGUUGAAGGCCAAAGCCUCCGGCAAAGGACCUCUAGGGAGCAGCGGCAUCAAGAAGUCUGGUAAGAAGUAAGCGCCGACUCUUCGCCGCUGCGCCUCCUGGCCGAGAAGACUCCGGUGUGCUUUUGCUGUUCACACCCAGAUCUGCAGUUUAAGGAAUGGGGAUGAAUCCUGACUUAGUUUUAUUUCCAUGUAAAACUUUAACACAUCACCCAGAGUUCUUUAUUUUCAGAUUUGUUAUGUAUUGUAAGUGGAUGAGAUGCUAAUAAAGUUUUUGUAUUUACUGCUUUUAUUUCUGUAAUUGGAAAUGAUCUCAAGAUUCAAAACCUUCAAGCAGAAAUGAUCGAUUGUUUUAAAUCUCCGUUAUCCACCAUUUAAAUUACUAAUUUGCCGAUUAAACUACUUCAGUGUAGAGGUUUCCUGGUUUACAGAAAUCCAUUUUAUGAAAAACCCGUUUACUGUCAUUCAAAAAUAACAUCUGUCAGAGUAUGUUUUCAAAGGUAUUAGAACAUCUGAUGUAAAUGCUACAUUUCAUUCUAAUAAAACUAGUAUUGUAUUGUGAAGCCUC